CGUGCUGUCACUCCCGCUGCCCACACUUGUGCUGUCACUCAGGCAGGCGGCUGGUAGUCCAGGCGGGACACUCGCUGCGCUGCUGCUGCGGACCCAUGGACGCUGUGCUCUUCCUGACUCUCGGGCUGCUGGCCCAGAGUCUGGGUCUGUCUGCGGGUGUCUCUAGGCUGAAGAGGCCCAGCACCCUGUACCCCUGGCGCCAGCCUCCUGCACUAGGCCGUGUGCGAAGAGCCUGGGUCAUUCCCCCCAUCAGCGUGUCAGAGAACCACAAACGCCUUCCUUACCCUCUGGUGCAGAUCAAGUCUGACAAGCAGCAGCUCGGCAGCGUCCUCUACAGCAUCCAGGGGCCAGGUGUGGAUGAGGAGCCACGAGGUGUGUUCUCCAUCGACAAGUUCACGGGGAAGGUGUUCCUGAAUGCCAUGCUGGACCGGGAGCAGACUGAUCGCUUCAGGCUGAGGGCCUUUGCACUGGACUUGGGAGGUUCCACCUUGGAAGAGCCCACAGACCUAGAGAUCGUGGUUGUGGACCAGAAUGACAACCGCCCAGUCUUCCGGCAGGAGGUGUUCACAGGGAGUGUGCUGGAGGGUGCUCCGCCAGGCACCUAUGUGACCAAGGCAGAGGCCACAGAUGCUGAUGACCCAGAGACAGACAACGCGGCACUGCGCUACUCCAUCCUAGAGCAAGGGGGCCCCCAGCUCUUCAGCAUUGAUGAGCACCUGGGAGAGAUCCGCACCGUGCAAGUGGGCCUAGACCGUGAGGUGGUUGCUGUGUACAACCUGACCCUGCAGGUGGCAGACAUGUCUGGAGAUGGUCUCACUGCCACUGCCUCAGCCAUCAUCACCCUGGAGGACAUCAAUGACAAUGCCCCAGGCUUCACCAGGGAUGAGUUCUCCCUGCAGGCCACAGAGGCUAUCGGCGGCUUGGACGUGGGGCGGCUUGAGGUGGAAGACAGGGAUUUACCAGGGUCCCCCAACUGGGUGGCUAGGUUCACCAUCUUGGAGGGUGACCCCAAUGAGCAGUUUGCUGUCCGCACAGACCCCAAGACCAACGAGGGCGUGCUGACAGUGGUCAAGCCCCUGGACUACGAGACCCGGAAGCACUACCAGCUGACAGUGGCUGUGCACAAUGAGGCCCCGCUGCAGGCAGCCACCCCUAGGGCCAUUCGGGGCCAGGCUAGGGUCAGUGUGCGGGUGCAGGACGUGAAUGAGCCACCUGUGUUCCAUGAGAACCCUCUGCGGACCAGUGUGGCAGAGGGGGCAGCCCCAGGAACAUCAGUGACCACCGUCUUUGCCCGAGACCCUGACACACAGCAACCUCAGAGGCUCAGCUACUCCAAAGACUACGACCCUGAAGACUGGCUGCAGGUGGACAGAGACACUGGCCGGAUCCAGACUCAGCGGGUGCUCAGUCCAGAGUCCCCCUUCCUCAAGGAUGGCUGGUACAGGGCCAUCAUCCUGGUCCAAGAUGAUGCCUCCCCACCCAGCACGGCCACGGGGACCCUGUCCAUUGAAAUCUUGGAGGUCAAUGACCAUGCCCCUGAACUGACCCUGAGGUCCGGCAGCCUGUGCAGCAAGCCAGACCAAGGAUCUGGACUUCUCUUGAGCGCCACGGAUGAAGACCUGCCCCCACAUGGGGCCCCCUUCCACUUCCAGCUGAGCCCCAGAGUCCCAGAGCUGGCCCAGAACUGGAGCCUCAGCCGGAUUAAUGUGAGUCACGCGCGCCUGCGGCUGCGCCACCAAGUGCAGGAGGGUCUGCACCGCCUCAGCCUGCUGCUCGGGGACUCGGGGCAACCACCCCUGCAGCGCGAGCAGCCCCUGAACGUGACCGUCUGCCGCUGCGACCGAGACGGCGCCUGCCUGCCUGGGGCCGCCGCGCUGCGAGCAGGGGGCGCGGGGCUCAGUCUGGAAGCCCUGCUCAUAGUACUGGCCAGCGGCCUGCUACUGAUGCUGCUCGCCCUGCUCGUGGCCUUCCUGGCACGGUUCCGCCGGCAGCCGUGGGACAAGGGACUUCUGCACGGGUUGCAGGACGACCUCCGGGACAACAUCCUCAACUACGAUGAGCAGGGGGGCGGGGAGGAGGACCAGGACGCCUUCGACAUGGAGCAGCUGCGCCACUCAGCCGAGCUCAGGGUCCGCCCAGGGCGGCCUCCACUGCGCCGAGAUGCUCCAUCAGGCCACGUGCGGCCCCAGCCUCCCCGAGCGCUGCCCACCAGCCCAGCUGAUAUUGCGGACUUCAUCAGUGAUGGCUUGGAGGCUGCAGACAGUGACCCCAGUGUCCCCCCCUAUGACACUGCCCUCAUCUAUGACUAUGAAGGAGAUGGCUCUGUGGCUGGGACACUGAGUUCCAUCCUUUCCAGCCUGGGAGACGAAGACCAAGACUACAGCUGCCUCCGGGACUGGGGCCCCCGCUUUACACGGCUGGCAGACUUGUAUGGACCCCCAUGAUGUGAAACCAUCUCCUGAACACAGAGGGUAGCAAUCUGACCACAGAGGCCAACUGGACACCCCUCAUGUGGCCAGUGCCCAACUGAUCUUUGUCAAGUAGCAAGAGAGACUAGCCUUGUGGCCUUGGGCUAUGAUUCUCUAGGGGAGGCCUAGUCCCAUGGAGGGGGGCACAGCACAGGAAAGUGUUCCCUGUCUAGAGCCUCCACUCCCAGCCCUGCCCCCCACCCCUGGCCAGUUUGGUAUUUGUACUGGAAGUCACAAAUGUGAAUUAAAGCAUCUUAUGUCCACUGGU